AACCCUAAAGGAAGAAGCAGAAGCAGUAGAAGAAGCAGAAGAAGAACGCCGAGCGGGGAAGUGCUUCUAACUGACCAAUGAAAAGUAAGACCAAAUAGGGCGGCGUGUAAAUGACGUCACCCGUGUUCAACUGAAAGAAAACGAGGACUCUGUAAGGGCGUGUGUAACGUUAGUGGAACCGACUGUCCCGCUCAACGGUCAGGAAUGUCAGCUGGCAACGACAACGGGUCUCGACUCAGCCAGUUCAAGAACAAAGGGAAAGAUGCCGACGAGCUUCGGCGCAGGAGAGUGGAGGUCAACGUGGAGCUCAGGAAGGCCAAGAAAGACGACCAGAUCCUGAAGAGGAGAAAUGUGGACAGGCUUCUGGAGGAACCGACGUCUCCUCUGCAGGAGAACGAUCCCAACGCACAGCACUGGUCUGUGGAGGAAAUUGUCGGAGGUGUAAACAGCCAGAAUGUAGAUGAGCAGCUACAGGCCACUCAAGCAGCCAGGAAACUUCUCUCCAGAGAAAAGAACCCACCUAUUGACAUCAUUAUUGCUGCUGGCAUCAUCCCCAAGUUUGUUAGUUUUCUGGCAUUGUCUGAAUGUCCACCCAUCCAGUUUGAGGCAGCUUGGGCCCUGACCAACAUCGCUUCAGGUACAUCGGACCAGACUGCUGCCAUUGUGGAAGGAGGAUCCAUUCCAAACUUGAUCACCCUGGUCUCGUCCCCACACCCACACAUCAGCGAGCAGGCCAUUUGGGCCCUGGGUAACAUUGCUGGUGAUGGUCCGAACUUCAGAGACUUGGUGAUCAGUCAUGGUGGUCUUCAGCCGCUCUUGACUCUGCUGGCAGUGCCUGAUCUGUCUGUGUUUCCUUCCAGCUUCCUGCGCAACGUCACUUGGACAUUAUCAAAUCUGUGUCGGAACAAGAAUCCAGCGCCACCUCUGGCAGCGGUGCAGCAGCUACUUCCUGCACUGGUGCGCCUCCUGCACACAGAUGACAGAGAAAUUCUGGCCGAUACCUGUUGGGCUGUGUCCUAUUUAACUGACGGUUCUAACGAGAGGAUAGAGGUGGUGGUGCAGUCUGGCCUGGUGCCCCGCUUAGUACAACUUCUUGCCUGUGGAGAGCUGUCCAUUGUGACUCCAUCUUUGCGAUCGAUUGGUAACAUUGUGACGGGAACAGAUGAGCAGACCCAGUGUGUGCUGAAUGCAGGAGCCCUGACAAUGUUUCCUGGCCUACUGCGUCACCACAAGCCCAACAUUCAGAAAGAAGCAGCCUGGGCUAUGUCUAACAUCACUGCUGGCAGGGACUCCCAGAUUCAAGACGUUAUAAAUGCAGGCUUGAUACCCAUUUUAGUGGAGGUCCUCAAACAGGGAGACUACAAGACCCAGAAAGAGGCAGCAUGGGCUGUAACUAAUUAUACCAGUGGUGGAACGGUGGAACAGCUGGCCUACCUUGUUCAUUGUAAUGUACUAGAGCCUCUGCUCAGUCUACUGACAGCAAAAGAAAGCAAGAUCAUCUUGGUCAUCCUGGAUGCAAUCUACAAUAUUUUACAGACGGCAUCAAAAACUGGUGAGAUUGAGAUGGUGCGCCUAAUGUUUGAGGAGCUGGGAGGUUUGGACAAGAUUGAAGCACUGCAGACCCACGAUAAUGAGGCUAUAUACAAGGCCUCUCUCAACAUUAUAGACAAAUUCUUCUCUGAGGAGAAUGAAGAGUCUGUGGUUGCGGCGUCGUCUACAGCAGAAUGCUAUACCUUCCAGAUCCCUGAAGACAAAAGCACUUUCCAGUUUUAACUUGUUCACUUUAUAAAUUCAAAUAUUUUAUAUUUGUUUAUAUUUUUGUAUUUUUUAGGCAUUUGAGCUUUGUACGUGACAGUACUAAGACAAAAUACAUCUAUUGUAAAAAUAGUUGUAAAUAAAUUUUAUUCAAGCAAAA